AUGGCAGCUCCUCCCUAUUUCACACCUGCAGUGGAACCCCCAGCCGGCGUGAUCCCCAAUCCGAAUCACCCGGAGUCCCUGGCCGUGUGGAACACAGUAUGUGCCGUAACGUGCCUGUCUGUGGCUACCACUGUCUUUGCUGCUAGAGCAUAUGUCCGACUUCAUCUCAAAAAGCAAUGGAUCCUCGAAGAUUGGAUAGCACCCAUCUUCAGCCUUGUUGGCGUCGUCGUUCGCUUUCAGGUCAGCGCAAGUCCAGAUCAGACUUGGUUCCAACCAAUAAUGCUCUUAUGGGCGUAA